UUCCAUACCAGUUUGCUGAACCAUUUAAUGAGUAGUUUGUGUAUUUUUAUAUAUUACUUAAGUAAAGAUUCAGCUUCUGUAGCCAAAAGAAUUUGGAAAAAUCAUGUGAAGAUUGUGCUCAGUUUUGUGGCUGUUAUUUUAAACUGUAUUUUAAGAUUGGAACUCCACUCAUUUCACAAUUUGUUUUUUUUAUAUUUACCUAACUCCCACAUUCCUCUCAGUAGUUGUUUUAUUACCUUUCUUUGGCUGAAGAUGCUUGUUGCCUAACACAAAACUGCUUUGCUUUCCUGACCUUUUGCAUCUUUUCAAAAUAAUUUUUUUCUGAAGUAGCCUUCAGCAGUUUUCUGGUUUACAUUGAUUUUUAGGGAUGCUUAUGUUUAUUCCUUUAACCCUCUGGGAAAACUGAAGUAGGAGCAGUUUACUUCACAUCUGUUGUUUUAAAGCAACUCUAUUCACUGAUUUCUGGAACACCCAUAACUGGCUUGAGCUGUUAUUUUAAUGGGACAUUUGAAAGUUCAAUUCUUCAUUUGCUUUGUCUGGAAAUCGUGAUUAGAAAUCUUACUAGAGUUUACUCAGCUGUGAGUUAUGCAAACUAUUUUAAGUUUGGAUGGAUGAUUUGAGGGGUUUUUUCUGGCCAAGUCUGACACUUUCUGGGAUUCUCCUGAGGUGCAGGGAUGUGUGACAAUGUCAGCAAAUAUUAGGUAUGUGUGCUUGGGAUGAAGCUGGCUGGCUGGAGAUGAGUGAAAAAGUGCAAAAAGUGGGGGGAGAAGACAGCACAGCAGUGGGCCUGUGCUUUGCUCUGGAUUUGGAGGAUGUGAAAAAUAAAAAUGCUUAGAAUCUGUUUGCUUAUCAUGGUCAUCAACCAUACUUUACUGCAUACCUCGAUGACAGGGACUAGAACUCAUUCAUUUUGGCAGUCUCGGCCAACAAAUGAGGUCAUUUGUUGAGUUCUCUGCAACUAGUUCUGUGAGAUUCUUUCCUAGUGUUUCUCACAGACCCUGGAAACUGUAUGACAGGUUGUUUAUGUUGGUAUUGUUUGGUGGUUUUAAUUUAUUUAAUGCAAUUGCCUGUCCCUUAAGAUGAUGGUGGUUCUAAACAAGUAUUUUAACACAAGUGUUUAUUGAAGUUUCAGUCAAGCUCAGUGGAAUUCCCUUCAUCUGUGUGACCUGCUCAUCUUGUUCUGGUUAAUUUUGCAGCCUGCUUCAAGGAGGCUGUUCACCUUGCUGAGUUAUGGGUUCUCCCCAGGAGAGCUCUGACAAUGGUGAUUCUGUCACAGGGCAGAGCUGAAGAAGCAGCCCCUUAUGAUCAUGCCACAGGAGUGGGGUCUCUGCAAAAUACAUUUUCUCCUGUUAUGCAGGACUUAACAGAUCAAGCCUUUGUGACCCUUGCUACUGAUGAUGUGUACUGUCAAGGUGCUCUUGUUCUUGGGCAGUCAUUGAGGAAUCAUAAGACAUCCAGAAAAUUGGCAGUUCUAAUUACUCCAGAGGUUUCCAGUGGGAUGAGGUCAGUCCUCAGCAGUGUAUUUGACGAAGUGGUCGAGGUGGAUGUGCUUGACAGCGCUGACUCAGUCCAUUUGGCUCUGAUGCAAAGGCCAGAACUGGGUGUAACCUUCACUAAGCUCCAUUGUUGGACACUUACUCAUUACAGCAAAUGUGUCUUCAUGGAUGCAGACACUUUGGUACUUUGCAAUGUUGAUGAGUUGUUUGAUCGAGAAGAGUUUUCUGCAGCUCCUGAUUCUGGCUGGCCUGACUGCUUCAAUAGUGGUGUCUUUGUGUUCCAGCCCUCCCUGAAGACUUACAACCUGCUGCUCCAGUUUGCUGCUGAACAUGGCAGCUUUGAUGGAGGUGAUCAAGGCUUGUUGAACAGCUUCUUCAGCAACUGGGCAACAGCAGAUAUUGGCAAACACUUACCUUUCCUCUAUAACCUGAGCAGCAGCUCUGUGUACACCUAUGUUCCUGCUUUCAAUCAUUUUGGUAGAGAUGCCAAAGUUGUUCACUUCUUGGGGGCAACAAAACCCUGGAACUACAAAUACAACCUUCAAACAAAGAGAGUUAUGCAGGAUGGCACCACCUCUGGAUCUUUUCAUCAGCUGUCAUUUCUUGCCCUCUGGUGGAAUAUAUACAGUGCCAGUAUAUUGCCCUUGUUGGAAAAACUUCAAAAGAUGGAAGAAUCAAAAUCUGAGGAAUGCAAGCAUGCUUUCAAUGGAGUUGAAGUUACUCUGAAGAAGGAGAAGGUCAGUCCUUACGUGGCCAGCUCUCUACAAAAGCCUGAGCUCCCAGAGCAGACAAGUGAAGUAAAUCCCACAGCAUGCUCACCUGAGGAACUUGCUUUCAAAGCUCAACCUGUAUAUGAAGUCGAACCAAGAGAUUCUAAUGACCAUCCCUCUGAGCCUGACAGACCUUCAGAAGAACCUGUAUUUCAACCUGCAUUUCAGGAAACCUCAGAAAUGAACGAGGUUUCACAUUUUGUUUCAGAGCUGUCUAUUCACUUCAAACCAGCAAAACCAACUCCAGAAGAUGAACGGAGAAAAUGGGAGGAAGGACGCAUGGACUAUAUGGGGAAAGAUGCUUUUGAACAUAUCAAAAAGAAAUUGGAUGCAUUUUUACACUAAGACAGGGUGUACUGUUAUGCCCGUCUAAUAGAUUUCUUUAUAAAUGCAAUUCUUGAAUGCUUGGCUGUCUUAACCAGUUUAGCUGACAGCAGUUAGAGGUGAUUAUGGAUCCUCAUACAUUCUUGGGGGACCUUACCAGAUACAGAAUCAGGUAUCAGGUUUUUAUAGGUUUUUAACUGAUAAAUGUGCCUCAACUUUAUUGUUACAUGUGUCUCAUCUUCAUUUUUCUCACACAGUGCCUUCUAAAGAAUAAUGGAUGGUACCUUAUUGAGUAUGGACUCUCAUGUAUUUAUCACUCUUCCCUGAUGCACCCCAUCUGCAGAAACAGUCACAUGUAGGAAACAUGUUAAAAGUUGAGAUUGUUUUGGAAGUUGAACUUUUCCCGAACUGAGAUUAUUCCCAAAGUACAUUCAGAAAUUGCUCUUAAGUAUUUAAAUAAAAAGAACUUAUUCUUGAAACCAAAUUAACGCCUUCAAGGAUGACCAUGAUGUAGACUUCAAUAUGGGAAAAAAGUGAUGAAAUCCUGGACUCAUAGUAGUCUGCAACAAAACUUUUUAAUUUAAACAUAUUUAGGAUUAGAGGAACUUCAGACUUCAUCUGUGAUCCCUAGUGGAUGCUCUACUCAGUUAUUGGCAGCUGCUCAGCUCCAUAACUAGUGUGAGGAAGCAUGGUUUAAAACUCUUUAGGACAGAUUGAUAAUGUAGGUUAACCUUUUAUAUUGUUGCCAUAGGAUAUUGAUGCUUUUAAAGAUAUUGUAAGCUUUAGUUGCAUAUUCUGAGUUGUGUAGUCAGAAGAAGAAACACUGACAGUAUGGUGUAAACCUUCUGGUGCUUCUUAUAAAUUUGUUUACAGUACUUCAAACGGCAGCUGAUAAAGGCCUUCUUUGGCUUAGCAUUGUUGUCCCAUACUGCAGGCAACUUGAGUGCAACUGAAAACAAAAUUGGCACUCGUUUUAGUAAACAGGCCCUAUGAAGAUUUUUUAACAACAGCUGUGUGUGGGAACCAAUAAAUCUCCGAAUUCCAAAUAACAGAAAAAAUCUACUGAUGAGACUGCAUUAUAUUAAGGACAUUUAUGGGGGAAUGUUUUGUGUAUUUGUGUACUUUGACUUAUCUCAGUGAGUUUACUUUAACAAGUAAAAUACUUUUUUUCAAAGCAAAAAAAUUUUAAAGAAAGAGUCUUGACAUUUAUGCUAAUAUAUUAAUAGAUUGGACAGUUGUUUGUGACCUCGCUCAAUAUUGGAAUAAGAAUUCUGCAGUGAUGUUGCAGGACUUGAAACGUUUUUGUCUAAAUACAUCACAAAUUUUGGCAGAGAUAUACCUAAUGAAAUAUCUUGGGAAUUCUGUCUAAAAGCAAUGAUGUACCAUUAUGCAUAGAUGCUAGCAGGAAAAACGGAUAGCAGGUUAGGAGGGAAGAAGCAAAUCUUACUUUUUUUCCUCCUAACAUAAAGGAUAAGAGGGUCGGGCAGGGAAUAAAUGCACAAAUUAGGAAAGGAAUGAAAGAGUCAAAAGGUCCCUUUAAAGAAGGAAAAAAAAAAAUCUUUGAGUAUCUUAGAAUGACUUCCUAAUGUUCAGAUUAGUGAAUUUGCUUUCACUUUUGUAGGUAUUUCUGAUUUUAUCUAGUUCUCAUUUAUCCUUAAACUCUUAACUGGGGAAUCCCUCUGUUGAAUACAAGCUUCUAGGUCAAGUGAGGUGUUCAGGGGCAGCAGAGAAAUUGAGAACAGCUCUUCCUCUGCCUAACCUUGGCACCCUCGCUAGCCUGUGUUCCUGGGCAGGUGACCUUCACACAUUAACACAGGUAGGUGUGUUCUACCUCUGGUGCUGUGGCCCUGUGCAGCAGCUGCAGUGUGCCCUUACUCGUGUGGCAUUUGGUUAUCCCUGUUCCUUAGUGAUGCACGUCUGAGAAAGUCCUCUGUUUUAUAAACAUUAUUGCUAAUAUACUCUUAACAGCUUUUGAAGACUAUAUAAAGCUGUAGCCAGCAAUGUGAACUCAUGCUUCAUGCAGCUGUACUUUUUAUAUUAACUAGUAGAUCUUAUUUCAGAUAAUGGAAGAAAAACUACUGAUAUGAAAUCAGUAACUGAGAGGUUUUAAAAAUAGGCAUAUGAUUUUAGUCAAAUGUGUCAUUAUGUACAUUUCAAACUGUUAAUAUGUACAGUGGAACUCUGUGUGGCUUAUACAAUGUUUUGCAAAGAAUUGUAGUACAAUAAUGUAAUGGAAAUAAAAGAAAUGGAAAAGA